CCCCCCCCCCCCACCCACACUUUGGCUCAACUCUCGUCAGCAGACACCCAGCUCCCAUCGCAUCUGCGUGACGACGACGACGAAAGCCACCCUGAGCUGCUCCUGACAAUCGCUUUGCUUGUCCGCCGUACUGGAGACGAUCCCGGAGAAGCAACGAAUCAAUACAAUCACCCCCGUCAAACACUAUCACUUUUUACCCGCUCGUCCUCCGGCUCUCAAGCUGCUGUAACCUGUCCGCCACGACACUGCCGCCAUUCUGUAACGGCUUCCACCACCCACCAUUAUAACCAUCACCACUAUUCGGCCACGACCUGCUUGAGCGCAUGGCGGGAAACCCGCAGAACAACGAUCUCUUACUGGAUCUCGACGAUCAGGGGCGUAACUAUGGCAAUCCAGGACGGCCUCCGGCCACCUCCGAGGAAGAAUAUGCGCAUCGGAUGUCCACUUCUUACGACGAAUUCGUAGGAGGGGCCGGUGGACCGCCAUCGCAGCCCUACCAACCAGACCUCGAUCCACCCCCUCCUCUCGACUUCGCGCAGAACCAUCGUACGUACUCGCAAUCUUCCGCGUUAGACAAUUACCAACCGUACUAUGACGACCUUCACGAUGAUGGCCGUUCUACUACUGGGUACCAUUACGGGCAUGGUGAUCAUGUCGACAGUGAGGGUGGUGGUGCUCCUAGCAAUAGAACCAGCAUCGUCGGGAGGGUGAAGUCAGCGCUCGGGAUGAAUCCAGAGUACAGCGAGAUGGAUCUGCCGUUGACUGAGACAGCGCGAACGCGCGAUGCUACUCCUGGGGCUAGCGACUCGGCUCCGUCACGUCAGAGAUCGAAGAAAGAGAAGCGGAACAAAGAUGGCGGUGGCUUCAAGUUCGGUUUUGGGCGCCGGAAGGUCGAUCCUUCGACCCUUGGGCCUCGCGUAAUAGAACUGAACAACCCCCCAGCGAACGCAACAAACAAGUACCUCGACAACAAGGUAUCCACCGCAAAAUACAAUGUGGCUACCUUCCUGCCAAAAUUCCUGUACGAACAAUUCUCGAAAUACGCCAAUCUUUUCUUCCUGUUCACCGCCGGUCUGCAGCAGAUCCCCGACAUCUCCCCGACAAAUCGAUAUACUACCAUUGGACCGCUCAUUGUUGUGCUGCUCGUGUCAGCAGGUAAGGAGUUGGUCGAAGACUGGAAACGGAAAACCCAAGACAAGGAUCUGAACAGAUCCAAGACAAAGGUGCUGCAAGGCUCGACUUUUGAGGAGGCGCGAUGGCUCAGUGUGCGCGUUGGAGAUAUUGUCCGUGUGGAAUCGGAGGAGCCUUUCCCGGCAGAUCUGGUCUUGUUGGCUUCGUCGGAACCGGAGGGAUUGUGCUACAUCGAAACCGCCAAUCUGGACGGCGAGACGAAUCUGAAGAUCAAGCAAGCCAUUCCGGAAACGGCUGAUCUGGUCAGCCCUGGCGACCUUGGCAGGCUCGCUGGAAGAAUUCGGUCCGAACAGCCCAACAGCAGUCUUUACACGUAUGAGGGAACUUUGACAAUGGAUAUGGGUGGCGGAGAGAAGGAGUUGCCCUUGAACCCGGACCAGCUCUUGCUGCGUGGUGCUACCCUCCGGAACACACCUUGGAUUCACGGUCUUGUCGUCUUCACCGGACACGAGACAAAGCUGAUGAGAAAUGCGACGGCAACCCCCAUCAAACGUACUGCGGUGGAGCGGACAGUCAACGUUCAAAUCAUAAUGCUGGUUUCGAUCCUUUUGGCACUGUCUGUGAUUUCUUCCAUGGGAGAUGUCAUCAAGCAAUCCACCAGCAAUUCAAUGGGGUAUCUCUAUCUGUCGAGCCACAACCGGGCAAAACAGUUCUUCUCCGACAUCUUGACCUACUGGGUGCUGUACUCGAAUCUCGUCCCGAUAAGUUUGUUCGUCACUGUAGAACUGGUCAAAUACUACCAGGCGUAUCUUAUUAACUCCGACCUCGAUAUUUACUAUGCUGAAACGGACACUCCCGCUGUCUGCCGCACAUCCAGUCUGGUCGAAGAAUUGGGCCAGAUUGAAUACAUAUUCUCCGACAAAACUGGAACCUUGACUUGCAAUAUGAUGGAAUUCAAGCAAUGCUCUAUUGCCGGUAUCUGCUAUGCUGGUGAGGUGCCGGAAGACAGCAGGGCGACCAUCCAGGAUGGCCUGGAGGUUGGCAUCCAUGAUUUCGAGAAGAUGGCCGAAAACCUAAAGACGCAUGAGAAUCGUGACAUCAUGCAUCACUUUCUCGCGCUUUUGGCCACUUGCCACACGGUUAUUCCGGAACGAAGGGAAGACAAGCCCGGCCAGAUCAAAUACCAAGCCGCUUCACCAGACGAGGGCGCAUUAGUCGAGGGUGCAGUCCUUCUUGGAUACAAGUUUACCGCCAGAAAGCCUAGAUCGGUCACGAUUGAGGUUGACGGCAAGGAGUACGAUUAUGAUCUGCUCAACAUCUGCGAAUUCAACUCCACGCGAAAGCGCAUGUCCACGAUUCUUCGUUGCCCAGAUGGAAAGGUGCGAGUCUACACCAAGGGAGCAGACACGGUCAUUAUGGAGCGGCUCGCCAAGGGAUGCACAUAUGUGGAAUCGACUUUGCAACACUUGGAGGAUUACGCUACCGAAGGUUUACGAACACUGUGUCUUGCCAUGCGUGAGGUUCCCGAGGAUGAGUACCGACGAUGGAGUGCUAUCUACGACAAAGCGGCUACGACCAUUAACAACCGUGGUGACGAGCUUGACAAGGCUGCCGAGUUGAUUGAGAAGGAUCUUGUUUUGCUUGGAGCUACUGCCAUCGAGGAUCGUCUGCAAGAUGGCGUACCGGACACCAUCCAUACUCUGCAGACUGCGGGCAUCAAGAUCUGGGUUCUUACGGGUGAUCGCCAAGAGACCGCUAUCAAUAUCGGCAUGAGUUGUAAGCUCAUCAGUGAAGAUAUGACUCUCAUCAUCAUCAACGAAGAAACCGCAGAGGCUACAAGAGACAGCAUAUCCAAGAAAUUGACGGCAGUCCAGUCACAGAAGGAUUCCGGUGGCGAAGUUGACGCCCUGGCACUGGUCAUUGAUGGUCGCUCCCUCACAUUCGCCCUCGAGAAGGACCUCGAUAAGAUGUUUUUGGAUCUCGCCGUGCUGUGCAAGGCUGUUAUCUGUUGUCGUGUGUCUCCGCUGCAGAAGGCUCUGGUUGUCAAGCUUGUCAAGCGUAAUCUGAAGUCUCUCCUGCUUGCUGUCGGAGACGGCGCCAACGACGUCAGCAUGAUCCAGGCUGCCCAUGUUGGUGUUGGUAUCAGCGGUGUUGAGGGUUUGCAAGCUGCUCGAAGUGCUGAUGUCGCCAUUGGUCAAUUUCGUUUCCUCCGUAAACUGCUACUCGUCCAUGGUGCGUGGAGUUAUCAACGUAUCAGCAGAGUCAUCUUGUACUCGUUCUACAAGAACAUCACGCUUUACAUGACCCAGUUCUGGUAUGCUUUCGAAAACGCCUUUUCCGGUCAAGUCAUCUACGAAUCAUGGACCUUGUCGUUCUACAACGUCUUUUUCACCGUCCUGCCGCCGUUAGUCAUGGGCAUCUUCGACCAGUUCAUCAGCGCGCGGUUGCUUGACCGCUACCCUCAACUGUACCAACUGGGCCAAAAGGGACUUUUCUUCAAAGCCAGUAGCUUCUGGUCGUGGUUGAUCAACGGAUUCUACCACUCUUUGAUCCUCUACCUAUUCUCGCGAUACAUCUUCCUUAACGACCUCCCACAGGAGGAUGGCAAGCCUGCCGGGCAUUGGCUCUGGGGUACAGCUCUGUACACAGCUGUCCUGGCCACCGUUCUAGGAAAAGCAGCACUCGUGAUCAACAUGUGGACCAAGUAUGCGGUCAUGGCGAUCCCCGGUUCGAUGGUUAUUUGGAUGAUAUUCAUGCCCAUCUAUGCUACCGUUGCUCCGAAGCUUGGUUUCUCCACCGAAUACUUCGGAAUCCUCGGCCGUAUGAUAGAAUCACCUGUCUUCUGGGGUAUGGUCGUGGUGUUGCCGGCCCUGUGCCUGAUGCGUGACUUCGCCUGGAAAUACGCAAAGCGGAUGUACUACCCGCAGACAUAUCACCACAUUCAGGAGAUCCAAAAGUACAACAUUCAGGACUACCGGCCGAGGAUGGAGCAAUUCCAAAAGGCAAUUAGAAAGGUCCGACAAGUGCAAAGAAUGCGCAAGCAACGCGGAUACGCGUUCUCGCAGGCCGAUGAGGGUGCCACACGACUGCUUAAUGCUUACGAUACGACGAAGGAGAGAGGACGCUACGGAGAGAUGCAGAGUGCAACUGGACCAUCCAGACGGUAACUUUAGCUUUGUUCGAAUAAUGUGUUGCUUUUCUGUUUGUCAGCCCUGCUCGCAUCGUCAUCAUCAUCCCCAUUUCCAUUUCGAACUGCUGUAGCUCUUCUACCUCUACCUUUUUCUCUUUUAUUUUCUUGUGGUUAUUUUUAGGGGUUUAGGCGAAAAAAAUAUUCUCUUUCUUGAUACUC